CGCGCCUCCCUCCCGCCCUCCUGAGAGUGCCUCCCGUCCCGGCCUGCCUCCCUCCCGCGCAGCGCGGCAGGUCGGGGCGUGCGGCGGCGCGGAGCGGCGGCCGACGCUUUCUGCUUUCCUAAAUCCAGCAGCAGACUAGAGCCAGCAAGAAGAGAGGGGGUGAAAAAUAGCCUUUGAAGAGGACUGAACGUUUGCACUGGUGCUGUGAGCUGCGUUGGUGGUAAAAGGUGAUGGGAGGCAGCAGAUCGCCCUGUGUGAGGCAAGGAGCACAAACACGACUUCCAAAAAGAGGGUCUAGAGAGCUGCCUUUCCCUGAAUAGUUGGCUGGGAACUUGGUGAACCAGAAAGAUGCGUGAGUAUACAGAAAAGAAGGAAACAUGUGGGACCAUCUGUCUCAAGUACCUGCUCUUCAUCUUCAACUUCUUUUUCUGGCUGGCUGGUGGGGCUGUGAUGGCAGUGGGUACCUGGACCCUGGCUGAGAAGAGUGACUACAUCAGCCUGCUCUCCUCCAGCACAUACUCUGCUACUGCUUACAUCCUGGUGGUGGCUGGGGUGGUGGUCAUGGUCACUGGCAUCCUCGGGUGCUGUGCCACCUUCAAAGAGCGGCGGAAUUUGCUAAGAGUGUACUUCAUAUUGUUGCUAUGCAUCUUUCUCCUGGAGAUCAUUGCAGGAAUCCUGGCCUAUAUCUACUACCAGCAGCUGAGCCUGGAGCUGAAGCAAAAUUUGAAGAACACCAUGACCCAGAAGUACCGGAGGGAGGGAGAAGAGAGUGUUACCAGCGCAGUGGACAAACUGCAGCAGGAGUUCAAGUGCUGUGGGAGCAACAACUACACGGACUGGGCCGACAGCCUGUGGAUCAAAUCUCCAGAGGCCAGUGGGAGGAAAGUCCCAGACAGCUGCUGUAAGACGAUCACUGACCUGUGUGGCCGAAGAGACCAUCCUUCCAACAUCUACAAGGAGAGUGGUUGCAUUACGAAGCUGGAAAACUUCAUUCAAGAGCAUCUGAAAAUUAUCGGGGCAGUGGGCAUCAGCAUUGCUUGUGUGCAGAUCUUUGGGAUGAUUUUCACCUGCUGCUUGUACAAGAGUUUAAAGUCAGAACCAUAUUAAUAGCUGUGAGAGCUCUGUCGCUCCCCCUCUGCCACUUCCCUUAGCACCCGCCAACCUGACCACUCUCCGCCACCACCACCAAAGUGUCUGUAACCUGAGGACUUGGCUCUGUAAUUGAAUGCCUUUAGAACCAUGCACUGCCUUACCUGCCCCUCUGGGGAAAGUCAUCCUCCUUGUUGUGUACGAGGCAGCCGGGAGUUCAGCGGGUCCUCUUCAGUGUCAAGAAGCAAAAGAGCUGUGGAUCUUCUGCUCGAAGCUUUAGCACAACAGUCCCUUGAUAUAACUACAAAGCAAGAUUUAUCCAAGGCCCUUUCCCUUGAGGCUUUUCCCGAGCCAACAUGAAGCUCUCAGGAUGCUCAGGAUACAAGAAUCAUGGUUUGCUCUCCAGAGAAGUGGCUCUGCAGUACCAGGCAUUGACUGUGAGGACAGAUGAUGGUUCUGAGCUGGAGCCAGAGCUGAGUUUCUCAUACAUGGAAGAUUUCCCUCCCUCCUCCCGAGUGUGCGCCAAUGUCCUAACACAGCUGUUGUCCACCAGAGAGGAUGCCUGUCUGGUUACUUGGGCCAGGAGCUCCUUGCCCUGCUGAUGGGGAGCACAACUUGGUGCAGCUGAAAUGCAGUCGUGACACUCAUGUUGCCAAGAUGUUGUGGGUGCCUUAGGAUUUCUCAGCAAUUCUUCUUCCUCUUCCUUGAAGCCUUCUCCAACACAGUGCCAUUAGGAGCCACAAGAGGCCUUCUGCUGCCCUGCAGUUCUGGAGCAAAGAUGACGGACUGCCUUUUUGGGUCUAGUCUGUUUUAUUGAGUGGUUCCCAGCAUGAGUGAGAACUCUUACUUCCACCUCCCUGUCCCCUGAUGAGGUUUGGUGAAGAACUGGUCUUUUUGUGGGGCUGCCAUAUCUUGCUACCCUUUGGCCUGUUCAGUUAGUGGAAAUACCUUUUUCAUCUGUUACAUGUUGAGAGGUUCCCCUGGUUUGAUUUUUCUAACUAAAACCUCCAGGUUUGCCUCCCUUGGGCAGGAAAUGAAUAUAUACCAAUGUUUUAUCAGCCUGCAAAGAGCUUGUUAGUCAGCUGAGGGUUUUCUGGCUUUGUCUGGAAGCUCACUUUACUGGUUACUGCCGAGAAGGUCAGGAGAGUCAGUUUCAACCAGUUUCCCCAGUGUACUUGGUAAAUUGAUAGUGCUGGGUAAGCUGUUUGCUGCUGAGGAAUAGGUUUUAAUUAAAUCUUGUCUCUGCACUGGGGUGCUGGAUACAUAUGGGACACAGACAUUGCCAUGGACUUGGUGCCAGCAGGAUCUUAGCCUGAGUUCAUGGGAUCUUGCGUUCCUCUUGUCUUGUUCCCUCCUUCCUGGUAUGCCUGUUACACUCAUGAAGCAGCAGAAAAGGGAGUUUGGUGUUUCUGAGCAGUGAAGACAAGCUCAGACCUUCAUAAAUAAAUUUCUUCCCUCUUCUGGCCUUUUAGUAGUGCUGGCUGAGCUCUGUCCCUCGCAGCAGACAGCCAACAUAAGCAGAAUCAUCCAGACCAAUCGUGGGGGUUUUGGUUCACAAAGCAGAAAUCAUGGACUGGAGCUAAAGGGCAACAUGUUAAAAUUCAGAGCAGGUCAAUCUGAAACUCCUCCAUUAUCAGUCCUAUGAAAUAAUCCUCAACUAAUGCAGAAAGAGAGGUGGAGGAACUGAGGUGUAUCCUUGGUUCCACAGCAGUAGGAAAGAGAGGAAAGAAAUCUAAAUGAUUCUGUAAUGAUCUAAAGGAGAAACCUCUAAAUUAUUUCUUGUUUUAUAGUAAAGUUCCUUAACAAGUAUUGACUACUAGCUAAGAGGAAAAUAUUGAGCAUGUUGCUUGAAGCAAUAUUUCUGAUUUCUUAAGCAUAUCUUCAUAGCUGCCUUUGCCCAUUCCCUUCAAACACAUUGUACAGGGUUGGGAGAGGCCAGGAAGAAUGAGACAUGAACAGUAAGUUGGCUUGUGCCCACUGAGUUGUUUUAUAUUUUUUCUCUGUGUAACAAUAUUCAUUGCUUUUGUUUUUUUUUAACCCAGUUUAAGUUGCUGGCCAAUAGAAAAAUAAAGCUUAAGACUCUGUACUGACUGUGUGCAGCAAAAUUGAAGGGCUACCAUGAGCCAGGUGAGUUCUCUGGCUUGCUCAGAUCCUGCUGCUGAGGAGCCGACUCCUCAAGAAGAAGAUGAAUGGAGGGAGGGAAGCUGUGGCAGAGUCUGCUUCGCAUCCCUGCCCGUGCCAGCCUGGUUGUGGUGUGCUACUGUGGGGUGCUGCAGGCUGCUCCCCCUGAGAGCUGAGGGUGCAGAACCUCAGGGGUUGCUUGAGGUCACAGGGGUUACUUGAGGUCAUUGGAGUACCUGGGAAGGGUUACCUGAGGUCAUUUGGGGUUACUUGAGGUCACUGGAGACCCUGGUAGGGGUUACUUGAGGUCAUUGUAGUCCCUGAGAGGGGUUACUUGAGGUCACAGGGGUUGCUUAAGUCUCUUUUAAUUGAUCGCAGGAUCAAAUGAGGGCACAGGGGUUACUUGAGGUCAAUUGAGGCUCUGAUGAUUGAUCAAGGUGUCAAAUGAGAACACAGGGGUUAAUUAUUAUGAGCUGGGGCCAAAUGAGAAGGGGCACUUUGGUGUAAUGGGUCAAACACUGCCAGUGCAGUCCAGGGGAGCCCAAGGCCUCAGUGUCACCCAGUGGCCUGCAGUGUCACCCAUCAUUUGCUCUCUGUCCUGUCAGGGUUGUGAUAGGUGUGCUUAUUAGCUCUAUUGAUAUUUAUUAUUAAUUAGCAUUAUUAGUUUAUUUUAUUAGUGUUUAUUACAAUCUCCUGCAAGAAUUAGCAUCUAUAGUAUUGGUAUUAGCUAUUAACACAAUUAUCAAAAGUUGUACUGCUGGGAUCUCUUAAAUUCUAUUUACAGUAUUACCUUUUAGGAUCCAAUAGUAGAAUCACCUAUUGCAACCUAAAACUAUGAUUAUUUAUUAGAAUAAAUAGUAGAUUUAUUAGUAUUGGUAGUUAUUAGUGUAUUAUUAGCUGUCACAGGGGUAUAAAUGUGUCCUGUUGGAACCUCCAUGGGAUUAUGGAAUACUUGUCCCACCUUCUGCAUCCCAUGCAGCCGCAGUCUGUGCACGCAGGUGUGGGCACCCAGCACUGCUCCAGGGUCUGUGGAGGUGUUAGGUCAUAGGUUGGACUUGAUGAUCUCAAAGGUCUUUUCCAGCCUAGUUCAUUCUAAGAUUCUUUGUCACAUGGGCUACUCUUCUUUGUCACAGGCCGAGUGCCCAGGCAGGCAGCACAGGGCCUUUACCUUCCCUUCUCCGUGCUGCCCAGCUGCCGUCCGUGAGCAUCGGUCAGGUCUGCUUCAGCAGACCAGCUGGGGCUGGAACUGGCUCAGGGCUCUGCUGUUCCCACUUACCGAAGGCGCUGGAAGUCUUCCAUCCCCACCCUUCGGGAUGCAGGGGUGGGAAUGCCCCGUGACGCGUUCCGCGCCGGCGGUGUCCCCGCCCGCAGUGCGGAGCGCGGCCGCGCGGUGGCGAUGGGAACACGCGGUGUCCCAGCCCCGGGGAAUCCCGCACGGGAAGGGAACGCCGCUCCUUCCAGCCCCAGAAACGGGCCUGGUUCUCAGGCUGCAGCACCGCAAGACAGGCUGACAGCGUGACCGGGCCUGCACCCGGCUCUGAGCAGGGAUUUCUGCCAAAAACACCCGCAAGCGUGUUUGCCUGCGCAGGGCAGACAGGCCCGGCUGGCUCGGGAGUGGUGAGCUGGUGCCCCGCUGCUGGACUGCUGUUCAUUCCUGGGAUGCAUUGGGUAAGACAGGAAUGUGACUGUGUACAUUUAUGAGACCUCCUCCCAAGCCCCGUUUGCAAGAGAAGUGAGUUGAAGGUGGAAUACAAACCGAGAAGGAAGGGCUGUCCUGUUCCCCUCUCUGUCCUUAGGAGUGCAGUGUGGCCACAGCCACUCUUUCCCAACCCCAGAGGGAAAUUAGCACCCCUUCUGCCAGACUGUCAUGGCGUGGUGUCUGAAGUCUGAGCGCAGAGUCUCUGAGCUUGAAGAUACUGCUUAAAAGCGAUUUCUCUUUCUCUUUGGAAGGGCUUCUGCAGUAUUCAUGAUCAAGGUGCAAUUGCCAUCUUACAGCAUCCCGCAGCCUCAGGUCUCAUCCCUCUCUCUCGAGACAGGAGCACAGGCUUGUCUCCCUUUGAACAUGGAGAUUUCAGCUGUGCAUAGCCCUUUGCAGCAGUUAGCACAGCCCGGGGUCUGCUCUCCUGGGGUGGCCAUGUGGUCAGCACAAUUUGCUUAGGAAUAAAGGGGAAAACAGCUGUAGUGGAAGCAGUUUCUGCAAGGGUCCAGCUUUGGGCAGUCACUCUGUUCCUGCAGUUUCAAACAAGACAAGAAUUUUAUGCUCCCCUGCAAGGCUGCUUCUAACCCCAAACCAGUACAGACAUGCCCUUUCUUCUGCUGUUUAACUGGGGGGAAUUUUCCCCCUAGGGAGGCUUUGGUGUCCCUUUCUUUUGCCUUCAGUGGCAGCUGUAAUGUUUUCCUGAUGGGCUGGGACUGAGCACUGCUGCAGCAGUGGAGAGAAAGUCGAGGCUCAGGCAGUGAUACUCUCCUCCCUGGUGAGAUAGGACAAAUACCGCCUGCUUGGGAAAUGGCAAGGGGAAUGCUCUCUCCUUUCCUGCCAGUGGCACCGCCCAGCAGGCCACAGAGGCGACGGGGAGCAGAUUCAUGUGGUGCCUUCAAAGAUGACAAAUUCCUUGUGGGGAGGGAGCAUAAUGCUCUCAAACGAGCUGUAAUCCCAUGAGCAGCAAGGAUGCUGAUGCCCCCCAAAUGCAUUCAGUGACUCAUUCCAGCAUCGCUCCAAGUUCCCCGUUCUGGGGUUCUGAAGUGCUCUUACGCCCUGCAAAGGAGGCUGCUCCUCCUGCGUUCCGGCUGCCUGCAUUAACAGAAAGGAAGCUGCACGUGCCAAGCCCAUCAGGAUCAGCAGCUUUUCCUCUCCUGAUUGCGGCUCCUCUCUGCAGAAAGGGAGCUGCUGAGCAUAACGCUUUUCCAGGCUUCAUUCUUCUGGGUAGUGAACUAUCUUGCUGACAAGAGAAGAGCACUUUGUACCCACAUGGAGUGUAGGGAGAGCCCCGUGCCCUGGCAGGGCCUGAUCCUGCCACGGGCUGCUGUCUCCCCGCAUUGGGACAGAAACAGCCAACCCUGCCCCCCUGCGGUCCCAGAUGUGACUUUGACUGUCACACGUGUCCCUGGCAGCCAUGGGGGGAGCAUGAGGGCCACACCGAGCCCCUUGCACCCCUGGGGUCAGAGACAACCAAAGCAGGCACUACACCGGCGUGCAGACGUGUGGGGGGAUGCUUUGCAGCUUUGACCAUAUGUGUGUGUAUGUACAUCUGUAGAUCUCCUGCCAUGCUGGAGGAUUUCCACUGCCUGCAGGAGCCUUUACAGGUGAGGUUUAUAUUUCUUACUUUGCUCAGAAAGGCUGGAACCUCUUUACCCCAGAAGUCUGACACCACAAAAAUGUGCUUGAUCCUUCCAGAGUCAUGGUUCCCCUCUCCCUUCUCUCCAGUUCCUGGGCAAGCUUCCUGUUUAAUGACCUUUUUACCCUCCCCCAAGCAGUCUUUAGUGACUAAUUGCUUUCCCAUGUUGUUUUACAUGCUUUGAUUCCUUGCUGCCCAUUUUGGGAUGCAGAAUUGAGCAAUGAUGACCUGAAAUGUGAGGCACCAGGCUCAGGUUUUGGGACUUCGCUGCUAUCUUCACUCCUGGAGGAUGUCAGCUGAGUUCCCCCCAGACUGAAAUAACAGCUAAUAGUACUACAAAAUGACAUCUGAAGGCAUGUUCCUCCACAGCCAGCUCUUGUGGUUCUUCUCUUGUGUGUUAUUCCUCUGUUAUAUACUGAGCAUCAUCAGGACCUAUUUUAUAUUUACCUAAAUUAAAUCUUGUCCCAUUUAAAUGUGCCCAAUUCUCUAAGAUAUCCCAAGCUAAUUCACAUAUUGUGCUUGUGUUUUCCAUCCCUCUUCCAUCAUCGUUCCACAAACAUGAUCAAUAUUAUAAUUUAUUUCCUUUUCCUCCUCCCUCCUUCUCCCACUGCCCUUUUUCAGAUUUUUAAUAGCAGCCAGUUAAAGGCUGACGUGCUCUUUCCUCUGCUGAAUGCCUCGUGCUCUGUGGAUGGGCUCAUGAAUGAUUCAGUUGUUUAGGCUCUAGCUGGCAGUUGUGGCAGGAUUACUCAAAAGAAACAUUUGAGGUUUGUCUACAGUUCCAGAUUGACAAAUCCUGAACCCCAAAAGAGGGAGCCCUAAAUCAUGGAACAGCAAAGAAAGUUGCAUUUGUAUUAAAUACAUUUUUCACGUGUAUUUUACAGUUCACUUACCACAGGUAAUGUCAUGGGAUCAGGCUAUUAAAAUCACAGUUCCAGCAAA